AUGUCACGUAGGGGCUUUAGUAUCCAUCUAGCGCUGGACGGAAAAGAAGCGAAAAGCUGCAGCAAUAGCAGCGGGGUAGGUGGUAAUGGAACUACAGUUAGCGGAAAUAAUAAAAACCGAAAAACGGUUCCUAAAAAACGGGAAAAGGAUGCUGAAUUGCCCAAGCAGCCAAAAAUUGACCAUUUCCAGACUGAUCACGAGCUUUUUAUGCAGGCCUUUGAAAAACCUACCCAGAUUUAUCGUUACUUACGAACGCGCAACAUGAUAUCGCCUAUUUUUUUAAAUCGAAACUUGUCCUACAUGCGCCACCGGAUGUCACGUUCGCACAAAACGCGUAAUACGUUCAAAAUCGACAUUAUGUUGGCGCAGAAGAUGAACAAAAUCCGCAACGAUAAAGCAAAUGGAAUAUCUUUGACCGGCGAGUAUUUGACACUUCUGUUUUUGGGAUUUUUCGACAAAACACAAGAUGACGAUCUAAUGGAUGGCAUCGUUAAAAAGUCCGAUGUUGAGAAUACAAAAACAGUACAGGUUGAAACGGUUCUGUUGAAGAUCUCACAUAAUAAACGCAAGGACAUUUCGUCUGCAUUGAUGCAAGUCGCCGUUGGUAAAUCAGACGUUAUCUUGAACCCUAUGGAACGCCCGUCGGAAGAAAAAGUACCAACGAUUAGCAUAGCCACAGAAUCAUUUAGUUCAGUAGGAGUAAACCAAGUAACUGGACCGCAACUUUCCUUCCUACUGCUCUUUCGGGUGCACAUGCACACCAAUGGAGGUAACGGAUAUUGCGCUAUUGCGAACGCCACCGAUGGGUAUGAAAACGCUGGAAGCGACGAUGAGCCUGCAGCCAAGAGACAAAAAAUUAGCGGAAUAACUAAAUUAUAUAGCACUGAACUGAUAAUAUUUGAUAAGUAUGGCAGGUGCUUGUUAAAGGAUGGAGAUUACGAACUCAAUGUACAAGAAAUAUUACCGCAUCAGCAGCAAUUACAAAAGUACAAUUCACCGAAGAAAAAUUCUACCUGGGAAACUAUUCAAUCAAUAAAUGGUGAUCGUAACAAUAUAGACAUCUUGGAUAUCUACAAACAACAACACAAGGGGCUAGAUGAUCAGAACACCGUAUUACUGUUUAGUUUUGUUGACAGACCAAUGCCUAUUGCUAUUAAUCUGAACAACAAUGAAAGUAACGAUAAGGAAAACUAUAAACCUGAAACUCUGUCCAACUCAUUUAAGAAGAACCUCAAUAUCAAUAACAACAGCAUUUUGACUCCAGCUGCCGCGAAUGGUCUUUCUAAUACUGCUUCAAAGCUAGAUGGCAGUUCUAGUGCUUUUGUGAAUACGGGAGCUUUGAAUAUAAGCACCAAAUCAAAUGGCUCUUCAACUGAGUUGAAACGGUACGCUGAUGAGCCUAAGAUCGAUCAUAUCAUUUACCAGUUCGUGUAUAAUAACAACUCCCGCCAGCAGACAGAAACAAAGUUGGAUUUCCACUGUCCUUGGUGCAGUCUAAAUUGUAGCUCACUAUAUCCACUACUUAAGCAUCUUAAGCUUUGUCAUGCACGGUUUAUAUUUACUUAUAUCCCAAUACCAAACGGAGCGCGGAUCGACGUUUCGAUCAACGAGUUAUAUGAUGGUUCAUAUAAUGGUUCACCGCAUGAUUUGUUAGAUACGGUGAGUGCUUUCUCACGUCGUGGUCCUGUACGAAGAACUGUUGUCACGAAUCUUCUCGUGUGCAGACCACGACGCCAGAAGCACAGCCUGAUCGAGUUUAUCGAGUGUGACGAAAAUGAAUUCGACAACCAACGACCAUUUAUCACUGGUCAUAACAGGAUGUACCAUCAUACGAUGACAUGUCUGCCAGUUCAUCCCAAGGAGUUAGAUAUUGAUUCGGAAGGAGAAAGUGAUCCACUUUGGUUGCAACAUAAAACUAUGCAGAUGAUCGAUGAGUUCACGGAUGUGAACGAGGGCGAAAAGGAGCUGAUGAAAAUGUGGAAUUUGCACGUCAUGAAGUUCGGUUACGUUGGCGACUGUCAAAUUCCCAUUGCCCUGGAGAUGUUCAUUGAGUGUCGCGGACGGGAACUCUUGAGAAAAAAUCUCUAUCGCAAUUUUGUGCUGCAUAUGUCUUCGAUGUUCGAUUUUGGGCUAGUUUCACCCGAAGUCAUGCAAAAGGCGAUUAGGAAACUACAGAAACUGUUGUUUGAAAGUCCAGAUCUGCAGAAGCAGGUGGCUGCAACUCGUGUGGAUCAAAUGAAAUAUUGGAACGACGUAACAGUGCAUAAGCAGUCUCAGCCAAAGACCGAGAAAUCUACGGACAAAACUAGCGCAGGCGCUAGUGGAGUUCCAUCGACUCCAUCACAUAAGAGUAGCUCCGGUGGUUCAGGUGGCGAAAAGAAAGUAAAACCUACAAUCACACCCGCCAAAAAUACUGGCGCUGCUCAACAUGUGGUCCCGGACAAAACUGCCAUUUCACUAUCCCGCCGCAGAAGUGCCAGUGCUGCACUUCAUUCUAAUUCUUCAUCCGUCAACAACACUGCCAGCAAAGAUACAAACCAAUCACCCCACAACCAUUCCUCUCAAACUUGUCCUUCCAUACACUCCACCAGAAGAUCAUCCACGGUCAGCAUCUGUCCUGUGGCCACCAAUAGAAGCAACACCACGCGAUCUUCUACUAUUACCACUAGAAGGAAGUCGCUUUCCAUUGGUACUCACCAGCAACGCAAGCGGUCCAUCAAUUGAUUUUCGGUUUGACAAGUGGUCGGACAUCAAACUGCCGGAACUACCGCUACCCUGAAUGGAUCGACCUUAAUAGUGACAACUAGUUUUGUGGCGGUUAAGUCGAUUACAAUAUCAAAGAAAAGUCAAGAGCGAUUGCGAGUGAGUGUGCGGUGCGCGCUGUUCAUAACUAUUUUAUGGGACACAAAUUGUAAUAUGCGAUAAGGAUAAUUGUAUUCAUUUUAGAAUAUAAAUAGUGGAAGUAUAUAUCGACAUAGCGUUCGGCAGGGAAUGAAAUAUUGCUGCAUGUAAGCACUUCAGGAAUAAAAGAUUUCUUUUUUAAGAAUUUUCGGGGAGAGCCUAAUGGUCUGACUGACAGCCCGCAAAUGUGCGAUAGAUAAAUUUAGUUUCUCUUAUGAAACAAAAUUAGGUUUUCAUGUCAUAUUUUGCAAAAGUAAAACAAUGCGCAAAAAGGAAAAAAAGUCGUCAAGGAUAGAAGUGAUACUUUUGAAGUGCCGGUGAAAAUUUUAGUUCACGCCAACUCUAAACAUCGGUUAAAAUUUUUUCUUUUUUUCAUGAUAAGGUAUCUAGGCAAUAUCAAUGGAUAAUAUAAGAAAAAAUCUAGUUUCGAACAGUUGCUUGUUGUGUACGUUUACUUUACCUGCCAUUUUUUGCUAUAAAAUUUAAAACAAUCGCGUGUUU